AAGACCUGUAAAAAUGAAAUUCCACAGGCACAUACAACAGGAAAAAGUUACUUAGGUGCAAGUUUUCAAGCAAUGGGAGGACAAACAUCUCGACCUGUAAACCCUCCAAAGAUUUUAAGUAAAGAAUGGAGGAAAAUACAGUGGAAUGACAAAACCAAUGAUCUCCAGUACAUAAAUAAUUACCAGCCUUAUAACUCUGAGCUCCAGCACCUCAGAAUUCUUCUUCAUGGACCCGUUGGUUCCGGCAAGUCCAGCUUCAUCAACUCAGUUGACACUCUUUUACGAGGCAGAACGACCACUCAAGCUUUGGCAGAUGCAAUUUCUGCAAAGAGCUUCACUAAAACAUACAGAACUUUCAAAAUCCAAAAAGGAGGACCAGGAACUUUUUAUCCUUUUGCCUUCACUGACAUCAUGGGCCUUGAGAAGGACACAGGAGCUAAGGUGGAAGACAUCAUACUGGCCAUGAAGGGCCACGUGAAGGAUGGUUACAAGUUCAAUCCUGAAUCUUCGUUAUCCGAACAUGAUCAUGACUACAACAUAGUGCCCACUCUAAAUGACAAAGUUCAUGUUUUAGUGUCUGUGAUCGAUGCCAACAAAGUAAAACUUCUGAGUGAUGAUAUAAUAAAAAAGAUGAGGGAUGUCAGACUUGCAGCCAGUGACAUGGGAAUUCCCCAAAUGGCAAUUCUCACCAAAAUUGAUGAAGCCUGUCCAGAAGUCAAAGAAAAUAUAACAAAUGUGUAUAAGAGCUCAUUUUUGGAGGAACAGAUGGAGACAGUGAGUGUGGUACUGGGUAUUCCACUGUACUGCAUCUUUCCUGUCAAGAACUACCACUCUGAGACCCAAACAGAUGAUGACGUCGACACACUGAUACUGGCUGCUCUGAAGCGGAUGAUCGACUUUGGAGAGGACUACGUCAACAACCUGUAGACCUGCUGAACUUGUUUAUUGUUGUGUUAAAAUGACUCUUGGGUGUGAACAGGAAUGUCAGAGUUAUUCUUUGCAUGCUCAUUUCCUUGGCUAAAGCAUUUACCCUUAGACUAGAAACUCUUCAGGUAUUUUUUCUUUCUUUUUGCUUGCAUGACAGAGUUUCUGUGUUUGCUUUGUAGACUUGGCUUUCAGUUUUUGUAUUUUGCUCUUGUAUCUAUCAACCUUUGAACAGACAUCUAAUUGUGUAAGAACACUAUACUGCUUUCAUAUUAUACUUCUUGUAGGUUUUAGUAGCGCGUGAACCUUUGAACAUUAUAGUCCAGUGGCCCUGUUCCCAUAAAAAUCACAAUAAACAGCAGAAAUGAUUAAA